GGCCAGGUGCGCCUGUCCAAGAAGAUGCUGGACCCGGAGAAGCCCCAGCUGGGCAUGAUUGACCGCUGGUACCACCCAGAGUGCUUUGUUGAGCACAGGGAGGAGCUGGGCUUCCGGCCCGAAUACAGUGCGAGCCUGCUCAAGGGCUUCAGCCUGCUGGCUCCCGAGGAUAAGGAAGCCCUGGAGAAGCAGCUCCCGGGAGUCAAGAGCGAAGUAAAGAGGAAAGGUGACGAGGUUGAUGGGCUAGACCAAGUGCCCAAGAAGAAACCUAAGAAAGAGAAAGACAAGCUUGAAAAGGCUCUCAAGGCCCAGAACGACCUGAUCUGGAACACCAAGGAUGAGCUCAAGAAGGCGUGCUCGACCAACGACCUGAAAGAGCUGCUCAUCUUCAACAAGCAGCAAGUGCCCUCCGGGGAGUCGGCGAUCCUGGACCGCGUGGCUGACGGCAUCGUGUUCGGUGCCCUCCUGCCCUGCGAGGAGUGCUCGGGCCAGCUGGUCUUCAAGAGUGACGCCUACUACUGCACGGGGGACAUCACUGCCUGGACCAAGUGUAUGGUCAGGACCCAGACGCCCAGCCGGAAGGAGUGGGUGACUCCCAAGGUAAGUGGGGGAUCCUGGGGUCUGUCGCCAGAAAAACAUGGUCCCCUCACUCCGAGCUGCCACGCCGGCAGGGCAGCUUUCUGCAGACGUCUUACAGCUGAUCCGUCCUCAUAGUUAGAAUAUAAAAUU